AUGGAGCUGUACCUCGGCGCCUGCUCCAAGCCUGCCCACGCCGCCUUCACCAAGACGGUGGCCAGCGUCCUGGCCGCGGACACGCAGCAGUGCGGAGACGGCGUGCACAAAACCCGCUUCGUCGGGGUGGGGCCGGCUCAGCUACUGGACCUACCUCUCGGGGUCAAGCUGCCUGUGAUCCCCGGAAGCAACGCUGUGUUCUACACGACGAAUUUCGGCGAAAAGCUUUUUCGACCUUCUUAUGGUUUUAACCUGACUGAUCCUUAUUGUCGACUUUUGGAAAACCAAUAUAAAAGCCUCCAUGAUCCACAUUUAAAAGCAUACUAUAAGCGCAAAGAUAUUCUGAAGAGACUAAAGAAAGGUGGCUAUGUCACCAGCAAUAAUAAAGUUGUAUGUACUUUGAGAGAAUUGAAUAAGUACAGGCAAUAUCUUACCAGUUUAAAAUUAGACUUUGAAAGAAACUAUAUAAGAGAACAAAAAAUACUUGCAAAACAACUACAUAAUGUACCGGAAAACAAUCAAAUCCCUCAAUAUUGUGAUGUUGCCCAAGUCCAGAACUGGUUGUUAAAGGAGGGCACUGAAUCUAUCAAGGACCAGGAGCGGUUAAUGAGGCAUAGAUAUUUGGAUAUGAUAAGUAGAAAACUAGAACAACUUGAACGCACAGCAGAAGAACAACGCCUAUACCUGAUGGAUAGAGAAGAAAGACGACAGCGGGAACACACAAAAAGAAAACUCGCUCUUCGUAGAAAAAUCGAAGAGGAAUGGAAGACAAAAGAGAUGUUACUUCUGACAAAGAUGGCAGAAGAUGUUAAAAGAGAAGAGAGGAUAGAAGAACAACGGCAUAGAAACAGAGAAGAGAGUGACAGGAAGAAACAAGACCUUCUAGAGAAAAAAAUGGCUUAUCAUUUACAAAAAAUGCAAGAUACUGGCUUUAAAGGAGAAGAUAUGGGGAAAAAUACAUUGAAGUACAAAGGUCAAGAUGGAAAACAUGCUUCUCCAAAGAAUAAAAGGAAGACUUCUGAAGAUAUCAUAUUAGUUUAUCCUGCUGGAGACCAGAAUACAUAUGAAGAAAUAUCUGGAAAUACAGCAACUGCUGCUCAUCAGAAUCAAAAUAGUUCAGAGAAUUUUAUGAAAAAAAACUCAACUUCUGUUGUUCAGACAAAUGUACAGUAUAAUGGUAUAAAUCAAAAGAGAGAUGGGAUGAUAUCUAAAAACUCAAGUAUUGUCGAUGAUAGAGGAGAUACUAACAUUUCAGGCCAAGGUUCAAUUAUUUCAGCUCAGGCAUCACCCACAAGAAAUUUAUCCAGACUUCCACAGGCAUUUUUUGAUCCUUCAAAAGAAGAGAAGGAGACAAAUGCUAAUCGUAAUGGAAAAGCAACCAAGAGAUCAAGCUAUCUCUACAAAUCAGGACCUCAGGCUCAGGCUACAGACCCGGGUAUAUUUUCUUCUCCUGUUAACACAAAUAUGCAACAGAACUUACCGCAAAACUGCUUACAGGAAAAAGUAACUUCUGAAGAACUGAAUAUUAUAAUUCAGAAUAUAAUGACCUGGGUUGUAGCUACAGUGACUAGUAUAUUGUAUCCAGCCAUCACAAAGUAUGAAGAAAGAUUGAGAAAUAAUACAUACCCAGCGUCUGAUAACUCCAUCCUCUCUUCAGAUAGUUCAAGUUUCUGUAGCACAUGCAGUGAAGACUUUACAUAUAAAACCUACACGUCUUCAACAACUAAAACAUUUCAGGCAGAACCCUGUGCAUUUGCAGUUGACCUGUCAGUAAGGAGACCAACCACACCGAUAAAACUUUCUCCUGCACAUAAGGGAAGAACUGUUGUGGGGAAAACCUGUCAUGCAAGAGGACAAUCUAUAACCUCUACACUUAAAUAUAAUAAAACCAACAUGCUAUGUUCAUACCCUAAGCUCAGAAGUUGUAAAUCAGAUAGUCAUCUUUUAGCAUCAUUUGAAACAAGCACAACAAAGUCUAAGGAUGCUACUACUGAAACGGAUAGUCUAGGGAGUUCAUUGAUUUGUGAUAAAAAACUAAAAGCCAUAGAUGAAAUGAAGAAUUUAAAAAAUGUUUUUGUUAACUUUAAAUGUCACUUGAAAGGGACAACUAAAGUGAUUUUAGAAAGCAUUUUUCAUGAAAUAAUGUCUGAUUUAACCCAGGCCAUUCCCUCUCUCUCUUCUGUUACUGCUGAAGUUUUUGUUGAACAAAGUGAACAUGAAAAAGAAGACUUGCCCUCCAAUGUUGAUAUUUGCUCACUUGCUUCUGAGAUUGUGGAAAAUAUGCUUGAGAAGUUAGAGUCUGCAGUGGAGAAAAAAUGUGUUGAGAUGUUUUCACAAGAAGAUGUACCAGCCAGCAUUAAACCAAGGUUAACAGCCAGUGAUGAACAUCUCCCAUCAUCAAAUAAAAAACCUUUAAUGGAUUCAAUGCCUCGUACUUUGGACCCAAUGUAUGAUAUUGCAGAGGACAUGGUGCAUGCCAUUUUAGAAAAGCUGAUGUCUCUUACUUCUUCUAAGCAAAAUGAAUUUCUUCAUCUUAAAGAUUCAACUAAGCUUUCCUGCCAGCAACAUAAGACAGACCCAGUAUGUAUGUUACUUCAGAGAGCUAGCAAAAAUAAAUCUAGUCUUGAAUCUGACACAGCUAGUUUAAUUGUCAAUGAAGAAAUACAAAAUUUACUAUCAAAUAUUUUUUCCCAAUCCUCCUUGGUUGGUUAUAUAGAGGAAGCAAUUAGUGCUAUACUAGGUUAUAUACAAACUGAACUAAUUAAUGAGAGAAUUAUUGCAUCUGAAGAAACAGUAGUACUCCUUCAGCUACUUGAUGAUAUCCUUGUUCAGCUCCAUCAGGAACCAGCAAAGGAAAAUUUUCAAAAAAGUAGACAACCUAGAAUAAGUAGUCCUUCUGACACCAAAGAAAAGUACAGACUCGCUGGCACUAGAUUAUCUAAUAGUCCUAGGUCUAGAAGACCAUUUCUACCUAUAAAUGUUCCAGGCAUGGUUCUUUAUUCUGAAGAUGAGGAGGCAGACAAUAUUGUAAAAAAUGUGCUUGAUUCAACUUUCAAAGAUGAAAAAGUAAAAUCACAAGAACAGAUUCCUAAUGAUUCGUUUACGAAGGGAAACACUUGUUUUGAGUACAAAAGAAAUAUCAAACCACCUACAAAGCCUGUUUCUAAAAGUCAAGUUGCAUUUCCUGAUUGGGAAUUAAAGACACCAUCUCUUAAUCAUAAAGAUACUUUAAAGAAAAAACUUUGUUUGAAUAAAGUUAUAUCAACCUUCAGCGAAGACCAAAAGCAUCAAAUACAAAAGGCUUCAGAAAACAUAGUCACAAGUGUUUUAAAAGAAAUGCUCAAGGACAUAUCAUCUGUUCCUCCUGGUCACUUAGACAGCAAAACUGGCAAUGAAACUUCAGUUCUUGUUUCACAAAAGCCUCAAGGACUAUCACAUCAAGAAUGGAUAGACCAGCUGUUUUCUGUUUCAGAAAUCAAUACAGUGGCUCAAGAAAUAACAGAUUCUGUGUUAAACAUACUUCAUCAGGCACAAAACUACAUUUCCAAUACCACUAAAAGUUGCAUUUCAUCCUCAGUUCAUCAGACUUCCUUAGAUAGUUCUGACACUGCAGACAGAGUCAAAGAAGCACCAAAUAAAUGUUCAUUAAAAACAUGGUUCGACAGUGAAAAGAAAAUGCAAUCUUUAUCUUCAUUCAAUAUUGAUUCUGAAAAGCCUUCCUGGUUAAAAUCUGGAGAAAGUGAACUUAAACCUGUAGAUGACAUUAAUGAUAAGAUCAUUCAUACAAUUUUUAAAAGACUGAAGUCAUUUAUAUGUCCAAAAUUGCAUAUGGGCUUCAAAUCUUCACUACGAUCUCAACUUAGUAAGUACACAGCUAAAAUAGUGAACAUUGUUUUAUGUGCUGUCCAGAAUGAACUGGAACUCCGUAAGAAAAACCUAAAUCUUAUGGAGAUGGACCAUACCAAAUCCCUUACAGCUAACACUAAUAAAAAAUUAGUCACGAGUAUUGAUGAUGACAUUUUGGCAAGUCCAUUAUUAACAUGUAUUUAUGAUAUGUUAUCCAGCAAAAAUGCAGAUGAAAGAAACAUUUCACUUUCUUCAUGUAUGCCAAAGUCUGCAGAUGACAGUGUUGAUGAACAAAGCAUUUUGCCAAAUAGGCAGGAUAAAAAAUCUUUUCACAAAUAUAUGGCUACCCCUUGUGCUCUCCACAGUGUCAAUGAUGAAAAAGAUAUUCAAAAUAAUGCAGAAUUGGAAGUGUUAGAUAGAAUUGGGGAAACACUACAUGAAAUGUUAAGCAAGCUCUUGGGAAGUCAAGAGACUACCAAUAAGAAUCAGAAAAUGGCUGCUGCAUUGCAGUCUAAUAUUCAGUUAGUUUCCAAAGCAAUUUUUGAUUAUAUCCUUGAAAAAUUAUCUGGUGUUGACAUGGAUACCAGUUUUGCAAGUUGUGGAUUAAAAGCCAUCUCAGAGUGUCUUGACAUUGACAACCCAUCAUUUGCUUCAAUUAUUGAGAAAAUGGCCAAAUCCACCAAAAUAAUCUCCAACAUAGUUUCCAGAAUGGUUCAGGAGGGCAAUAAAGAGGGGACUCAAAGCAAAGCAAAACCUGUUGCUCCUGUGUCUUCCAAAGCAGAGAGCACAAAAGAAAUGCAUCCAAAUAAACUGAAAACUGUAGCUUCAGACAUUCUUAAUAUGGUUUUUGCUAAACUGAAAGGGUUUGCCAAUGGAUAUUUAGAAAUUCUGGAUGCUACUAAUGAUGAAAAUAAGAAAAGCAGUAAGAUGGGCUGGGAAUGUGAAAGCACCAAUAUUUCCAGAGACACACGUGAAGAAUCAUUUCUGUCUGCUCUAUACAUGCCGGCAAAGAAGGUAUCAAGUGCUAUCUUGAAGGCUAUUCAAACAGAAUUAAAUGUGACCUCAUCAGACUUGAAGACAAGUGUAAAAACCCCACCACCUGAGACUCAGAUUAUUACAGAUAUAGUCAAAUUAAUUUUAGAUGCAGUAUCUUCAGAUAUGUUUAAUGAAACUGAAUCUGAAGAUGGAGGCAUUGAAACUUAUCGAUAUAGGCCAACAUAUGGAAGUCUUCCUGGAGGAGCUGAAUCAGAUUCAUUUCUAGAAGAUGAUGCAUAUACAGAGAAAAAAAUUAUUGAUGAUAGAUCACUACAAAGAGAAGAAAUGAAAACACAUUCUCUUAAACAAUGGGCUCUAGAAAAAACCUUAAACAAAAUUGAAGUAAAACUCAAAGAACCAAAUAUAUCUCCAAUUGCUCCCAUUAUAAGAAAUAUUUUGAAUGAAAUCUUUCAAAGUACUUUAAUCAAUCAAUUAAAUGUGCUUUCUCUCUCCCACUCUCAUUUUAAUGGCAUGCCUAACAAUGUUGAUGAGCCAAUUGCCCAAACACCUGUUCAGUGUGUGGAUAAAAUGAUGGAUCCUUUAAUUUCUGAAGCAGAUAUAACCAUGGUAACAGAAAAUAUUGUUAAAACUGUAUUUCACAAACUUUAUUCAGCUGCCAUGACAGAAAUUAAUGUAAGAAAAAAUAGGUAUAAAACUAUCACUUUUUCAGCAAAUGUUUCUUUUCAUGAACACACCUAUGAAGGAAAGUCCUCUGUCACUGUCUUGGAUAAAAAUCCAUGUACUUUUCAGUCUAGAUUCAGUGUUGCUGACAAAGAGGCAAAGGUAAAUGUAGUUGAAGAUAUUGUACAGGCAAUAUUAACAAAUUUGGAAACGUUUGCUACUUCCAAAGUAAAAUCUCUCUUUUGUUCCCAAGUCAACUUUACAGUUCCAUUGGCCUUACCUAUUCAACAAAAUCAGAGUACAUUGAGCAAAGCAUUAUCAGCCAAAGAUCCAUAUUCUGAUGAGCAAUUUUCCUAUUCCUCAGUAGAUCAUGCUAAGUCAGGAGACACCAACUUGUGCCAACUGUCUUUGUCUAAAUUAAAUACUUAUGCACAACAAGUGGCUAGAAAAAAUUUACAAGAAAUUAAACAUGAAUUAGAUAAAGAAAAGGAAAAUGAUUUCUUAACUCAUGACAUUGGGAUUUCUAAAAGUAUUGCAAGUCAAAUUGUUAACACAGUGUUAGACAUUAUAUCAUGUAAAGGCAAGUGUAACAAAAACAGUUCUGAUAAAGAGAUUGAUUUGGAUCAGCAAAAAGGUGUUAUUGAAAAGCUGCUCAAUAAAACCGAAUAUCAAAAAGUACUUCAGUUUCAAAUACAAGACACAAUUGAAGGUAUCUUAUGUGAUAUUUACGAGAAAACCCUGUAUCAGAAUAAUCUGUCAUUUGCCACACCCACUCUGAAAUGUAGCAUAGCUGAUAAACAUUCAAAAGAAAGUUCUGAAAUGUUCAUGGAGGGUGCAAAUCAGUUUAUUCCUAAGCUUUCAGUUCCUAAAUCAGAUGUCAUUUUGAUAUCCAAUGAUAUAGUGAAUAUUGUUCUUCAUAAUCUCAGUUCUGCUGUCAUGCUUAUCAUAAAUGCAAAGAAUCCUACUUCUGCAACAUUGUCCCUGACCUUUUCUGAUAUGUUUCCAAAAAUAGACUGUCAACAGCCUCUUAGGGGAUCAAAAACUGAAAGAAAAACAGAGUGUUUUUCGUAUUCAAGAAAUCAGAAAUCAGCUUAUGCUGAUGAUAAUCAUUUAACUGUAGUAGAGAAAGAAUGCAUCCAGAAAUUUGCUGCUGAUUCAUGUGAAGAAAAUGCUAACUUCAUUACUAAAACUAUUUUUAAUCGUUUAGAAUCUUUUGCCACAAAAAGAAUUGAUUCAUUAAUUACCCUUGCUUUCCAACAUAAAGAAGAGUCAUUUGUUAUCCCAGAAUUGGAAAAUUGUAAACAAAAUGGCAGCAUCUUUUAUGAUUCAAGCCAAGUGGAAUCAGACGUGAAUGUCCUGAAAAUACCAGCAACUGAAACCAUUCUCAGCCAAGAGCUCACGGAUUUCACUUUUGCCAGUCACAGAGAGAAACUUGGAUCCACAAUUCACCUAUCACAAGCUAGCCUUAAGACAUAUGCUGACAUCAUUGCCAGUGCCAUUUUGAAGCUUAUUAAAAGUGAUUUAGACUUAGAAAUUCAAAAGAUACAUCCAUAUUCAAACAAUAUUUUGUUCCAAGAAAACAUCAUUGUGAGUGCAAUUGUUGACAGUAUGUUAAAGAUGUUAGAUGAUAAAAGAACUGUAAAGGAAAUUGGUUUCAAUUCAAAAGAGAAUCCUAACUUUUCACAGUUAACUUUAUCAAAUGAAAUAUUGCUGGGGCACAAAGAGAAGCAAAUAAAUACCAAACAAUCUCUGUUUACAAAGUAUCCAUUAGAACAAGACCAACUGAUAUUGGAAAACAAAAGUCAGAUAAUUGUUUUGGAAGAAAUAUUUAUGAGAAAUGGAGAAUCAAAACACAAAGAAAACGUUAAACUGCUCAGUGCUGUGGAAGAACAGUUAAAUAAGUUGUAUCAAAGAAUAAGGGAAGUCAUAGGCCAUUUGCCUCCAUUUAAUGAAACUUCCAACUUUAUAUCUAAUUCUAAAACUAAAACACCAGACACAACACAGAAAAACAGUUUUCAAUCACAUAUUAACAGUGUAGCAAAUGACAUAGUUGAAAGUGUUUUGGGGAAAAUGUACUUGGUAGUUGUGACAUCAUUAUAUGAAAAUAAUAAAAGUAGGAGAGAAGUUGAAACAUCUGACUGCAAUGAUUCCUUACCAAUGAAAUCAUUAAGGUUUAGAGAAACUAAACAAGUAGGAAAAAUAAAUAAUUCCCCUAAAUAUGUGAUACCACAGGCUUAUUCUUAUGCAGACAAUCAAAAUAUCUCUGUAAUGGAAAGCACAGUUUUGCCAUAUUUACCAUUGCAAGUGAAGAAAGACUUAAUUCAAAUGGUUCUCAAUAAGAUUACAAAUUUUGUCUCACUUCCUUUUAAGGUCAACCCUAAGGACAGCCCUAAGCCAUGCUUUAAAGCAAAUUUAAGAGCAAGAUCAAAACUUACCACUUUGCCUAAAUUUACAAAAAAACCACACUUAGGACUGAGUGCUACUAAGGCCAAAAGCAAAACCAAGUUAGGUCCUAGAGAGAAGACCCCAAAAGACAGCCAAUCCAAAACUGCCAUUGGGUUGUCACACAUCAUGUCAACUGGAGAUGCCAAAAACUUACUGGACACAAAAUUGCCCACUUCAGAACUAAAAAUAUAUGCCAAAGAUAUGAUAAUUAAUAUCCUGGAAACAAUUGUGAAGGAAUUUGAAAAGGUAAAGCAAACCAAAGCCUUACCAUGUGAUCAAAUCAUAGCAGCAGGUAAAAUAGUUAAUACAGUUUUGCAAGAAUUAUAUGUUACAAAUAACUGCAAUUUGGCUUAUCCAAUCAAAUCCUCACAUCUCAAACUUUCACAGGGGAAUAUAAGCACAGGAUCUCAUGCUAAACAAGCAUGUUUUUACUUGGAGAAUAUUUCUUCACAGCUAGAACACAUUUUUCCUAGAGAAGGUAUAUUUAAAAAAUUGUUUGACAAGUGGCAAACAGAAUCAAAUGACAAGGAAAAUGAAAAAUGUAAGCUACUGAUGAUAGCUGAAAAUGUUUUGACUGAAAUUUCAAUAAAAGCAAAAGAAUUAGUAUACUCUCUUUCACUUUUAAAUUUGCCACCUCUUGAGAAUUGUGAAAGCAGGCUUUAUAAUAAUCUUAAAGGAGCUUCUACUAGAGCUGAGGAUAGCAAAGCACAAAUUAAUAUGUUUGGAAGAGAAAUUGUUGAAAUGCUAUUUGAAAAAUUACAGCUAUGCUUUCUGUCCCAAAUUCCCACUCCAGAUAGUAAAGAGACUCUAGCAAACAGUAAAGAAUACGUUACUGCUAAAAGUAAAUAUGGUUUUCCAAACAAGCAUAGCCUCAGCAGUUUACUAAUCUAUAACACAAAGACAAAAGACCAAAUUUCUGUGGGCUCUAGCAACCACAUUGUUCAAGAGAUUGUAGAAAGGGUUUUAAACAUGUUAGAGUCAUUUGUGGACCUGCAGUUUAAACCUAUCUCCAAAUAUGAGUUUUCUGAAAUUGUGAAAAUGCCUAUAGAAAAUCUUCUUUCUACCCAACAGAAACUAUUUAACAAAGAAAUGUUGCCAAAAUUACAACCACUUAAAGUGUUUCCUGAUGAAUCCAAGUCAAAUACGAUUUUUUUUAAGGAAAACAUACAGGAUAUCCUUCUACGGGUUCAUUCAUUCCAUUCACAAUUACAGACAUAUGCUGUUAAUAUCAUCAGUGACAUGCUUACUGUAAUUAAGAACAAGCUAGACAAUGAAAUAAGCCAAAUGGAACCAUCUUCAAUUAGCAUAUUGAAAGAGAACAUUGUAGCAAGUGAGAUCAUUGGCACACUAAUACACCAGUGUAUUUAUUUCAAUGAGUCUUUGAAACAAAACCCUUCAAAGGAAAGUUUAUUCCAUGGAGCUGAAAAUGCCUACGUUGUUAAUCAGCUUGAAUUAGCAACUAAUAUGAAAACAUUCACCUCAAAGUUAAAGGAAGGUAAUUUGGGGAUUAAUCCUUCACAAGUGAGUGUAACUGACUUUACGUUUUGUUCAGAUGAAGAUAUGAAAGAAAAGUACAGGGUUUUAUCAAAUCUACCCACCUCUGUCAGACCCUCUGUAGAAGACACAUUUAAAAACUCAGAGCCAAUGAAAAGGCCUGAUUCAGAAACUAUGCCAUCGUGUUGUAGAAACAAAGUACAAGACCAUAGCCCAAGGAAAUCUAACUUUGGUCGUUUUGAUGAGAUCAUGAAAGAAAAUCACUCCCUCCCUGAAGGCAGUAUCUCACAAAAGCUGUUUAGGAAAGCAAGCAGCUCCACAGAAGCAUCGUUAAAGCCAGUCUUUUCAUUCAUAGAAAUGGGAAAAGGUGAAAAUCUAAGAGCAUUUUAUUGUGAUACCCUAAAACCAGUUGUUGAACCAAAUCAAAUUCAGACAACCGUUUCUCCACUCAAAAUAUGUUUAGCUGCAGAAAAUAUUGUCAGUACUGUGCUAUCCAGCUGUGGCUUUUCAAGUCAACCACAUACUAAUGAGAAUAUGGAAAUAAUGAAGCCAUUUUUCAUAUCAAAACAAAGCUGUUUAUUUGAAGUACCUGGAGGACAAAAGAAUAAGGAAAAAAGUGUUCUUGGAAUGCAGGAUAAAAUAAUCAGCUAUAUAUCUGAAGAAGAAAACAAAAACCUUGAAGCCAGCAGAGAAGAUUCUUCUUUCCUGCAAAAACUGAAGAAAAAGAGUUACCCAAACAUAGAGACUCUGAAAGAAGCUGAAGCUUUUACUUUUGCAGAUCAUGAACUGGGUCCCAAUGAAGUUCAUCUGAUAGCAAGACAUGUCACCACAUCUGUGAUCACAUAUUUGAAGAACUUUGAAACUAGAGUUUUUAGUGAGGAGGAGAUGUCUACGGCUUCUAUAUGGUCAAGGAAAAAGUAUGAAUCAAAACAGCCCCUAGGAAACAUAUAUAAUGAUUCCUCAAUUUAUCAAUGUUGUGAAUAUCUCACUGAGUCAGUACUUUAUCAUUUAACUUCAAGCAUUUCUAAUGGCACCAGGAAGGGUAGAGAAAAAGAGAAAGUAUGGGAAAUUCAAGAAGCAGCAUUUAUCAAGAUUAUUUCGAUUCAUUCUCAAGUGUUUGCAAGCAAGUCAGUUUCCAUUGGAGAACUUGCUUUAUGUAUUUCUGAAAUCAUUAUUAAAAUCCUUUUUAAUAAUAAAAUUAUACAUGCUGACAUUGCACAGAAAAUGGUUUCCAUACCAACAAAAUACAUUUACUGUCCAGCAAUAGCUUCUGGUGGCUUUGAUGACCUCUUUCAGGAUCUCUUAUUAGGAGUGAUUCAUGUACUGUCCAAAGAAAUAGAAAUAGAUUAUCACCUUGAAAACAAUGGAAGAAACAAAUCAUUUUCUAUGUAUAGAAAUAAUAGUGUAUUCAUUUGCAACAAAAUCAACAGACAGGCAGGCCCCAGAGACUGGCAGUUAUCGAUGAAACAAAUUGAUCAACUUUUUCAAAAAAAUAAAUUAAAUUACCUUUCAUGUAAGUUAAACAGCCUGGUUGGUAACCUAAAAACAAGUGAAUCCAAAGAAGUCGUCAAUAAAGUUUUUAAUAUUGUUUCAGAUUUAUUUUCACCAGAUGAAUGCCCAGAUAGGGGUACGGAUUCUGGUAAAAUACGAAGAACAUUUGUCUCCUCCUCAAAUAAUGAACAACCUAAUAGCAUAUUUAGAAAUAACUCACAGCUCUCCUCAAAAUCAGUUUUUCUUCUCAGUGUUGUAUGUGAGAAACUUAUCAGAAUACUUUUGGAAGAAUGUACAAGCAAUGUCUUUCUUGAUAAUGGAUCUGUUUCAGAGGAAACAUCAGCAGAAGAAUGUCAGCUUUUAAACAUGCUUCAAAGUGUAGAAGACGGAAAAUCCGAUUAUUGUAAGAGAGGAAUGAACUGUGAAUGCCUUCAAGGAGAUUACAUGUCAGACCUUUUGGAAAAUGUGGCAGAAAUUGAUCAAGACUUAUUGUCAUCAGACUCUAUGCUUACUAUUAUUUCCCACAGCUUGGUUAAAUCAUUGAUGAACAAAUUAUCUCACGGUAUACAACAAGCUCCCGAAAGUCUACCUUUUGCAAAUGAGCAUUUGAACUACAGAACAAGAGAAAUACAGUCAAGUCUCACAAAAGCAAGAAAGCCAGAAUUAACAGAAUUAAGACAAAGUAAAUGCUCUUUAGGACUCAGGAGUUAUGACAAUAAUUCUUUGACAGUAUCCCUGAAUAAUCCCAACGUGGUUAGCUCCAAAAUGCAAGCACCAUUUGACAAGCAUUGUGCAGUGAAAUCCUCUUCUGUGUCAUCACUUGAAAGACAGAGAACAAAAGAAAUGGAUAAGGUAGACAUUCCUAUUAAGCUACAUCAGGAAGGUAUAUAUGCUGGUGUUUAUUCAGCCACAUUUUUGGAAGGAAUAAUUUCAGAAUUGUUUUUUAAUCUCUCUACCUCAUUGUGGGACAAAAAUAAAAACAUCACUGUGUCCUGGCUCAAUGAGAUGAAUACAUUAUUUGUCAACAAUGUAGUGAAUGAAUUUAAUAAUGCUCAAGUCACUGUUCUACGGAAUGCUGAAGAAAGACUGUGUUUUCCACCAGUUCAUACAGAAACUGUUAGCAAAAUUGUCGCCUCAGUUUAUUAUGAUGUUUUACAGCAGUAUGAAUUAAAAGUAGCCUGCCGUAAUGAUCUGGUAUAUGACAAUACCUCAAUAGCAGAACAAAUAACAAAUGGCAUAUUGUUAGAGGUUUUAGACUACAAACUGCCAUCUUUCCUCAGGGAAUAUCUCAUACCCCAUUCAUGUUACCCUCUCAGACCUGAAAUUAUAUUGCAAAAGCUUCAAAAUAACCUGAGAGAAUUUACUUCCCUACCCAGGUCUUCAUCUGACUAUAGUACCAUGUUAUCACAUUCAUUUUUAGAAGAUGUCAUCAGAAGGCUUUUAUCUCAACUCAUUCCUCCACCCAUUACAUGUUCCUCUUUAGGAAAAAAAUAUUUAAUGAGUUCAGAUUUUAAUGAAAUGUCCACUUGUAUAGUAAAUAAGGUUAUGUCAGCCAUUUCAAAACAUAAAAUCUGGUUGACUGUAUAUGAUAAUAAAUAUCUAUAUACUGGAAGAAACCUACAGAAGAUGGUGGAUUCUAUUUAUGAUAAUAUUUUGCAAAUGUCUGACUCUGUUGCUUCUAUACAAAAAAGUGUAGUAAGCCGAAGCCCAAUUAUGGUUGACCAAAUAGCCAGUUUUAUCAUCCAAGAGAUUAUUGAAAAUCAUCUUCAGCCAUUUUUGAGUGGAGAGGUUUUAUGUCAAUCAAAGAAUCCACUGGAUCCAGUAUCUACUAUGGUUAAACAGGUUCUGAGUGAAGCGAUAGAGUUACACAGACCUCAGAAGCAAUCAACUUUAGGUAUUCCCCCUGAUUCAUUUGUAAGGGAGAUUGUUGCCAGACUUUUGUCAAAGAUUUUCACCCCAAAGCAUAACACCAAAAUUGAGUUGAAAAACAUGACUCAAAGAAUAGUAAACUCUGUAAAAAGCCAUUUUGAUAAAACUAAAAUUCACACUCUUUGUGAUGACAAAGAACAGUCCUUCUCCUCUUUUGAUACAGAUCUUGUGGAUGAACUUGUCACCUCGGUUUAUAGAAAGACUUUAAAGCAGCAUGGGCUAGACCUUGCUAUUGAUAAAGAGUCUGAAGAUAGUGGCAUUUUUGUGGAAAAUAUUACCAAUCUAAUUGUAGCAGCUAUUUCAGACUACCUUCUUCAUCCACUGUUUUCUGGGAAUUUGUCAGCUUCUACCAAUUCUAAUUCAGUGGCUGAGAAUAUUGUUCAGGACAUCCUUAGUAACAUCAGUAAAUCUACUGAGCCAAGCCAGAGUUUACCUCUAUAUAACACCUUGCUGCCAUACACAGUUUUAGAAGAUAUGAUCAGAGUACUAUUAUCUAAAUUAUUUUCUUCUGCAUCUAGCCUGGCUCUCAACAGAGAAACCCAAAAAGAUUUAUCAAGAUCAAAUUUCAAUGAAAUUGCUUCAAACCUAAUUAGUGAUAUUAGGAUGAAAAUUUCUCAACAUAAAAUUCAAUUUUCAAAAGAGGAAGAAGAAACCAAAUUUAUUUAUUCAGAAGAUGAUAUUCAGCACCUUGUUGACUCAGUAUUUGAAAAUAUUGUGCAAACUUCUGGGUCUCAAGAAUCAGCUGCGCAAAAUAUCACAAGCAGUAAUGAUGUUCUUAUUGAAAUAAUAGCAGGCUUCAUCAUUAAACAUAUAUGUCAAAAACAUCUUCAGCCAUUUGUGAAUGGAAAAUCAUUACCUUCAUCAGACACAUAUUUUGAUAAUGAGAGAAGGCAGUUAUUUUAUACCAGUGUUUACUCUUCAACAUUUUUGGAAGAUGUAAUCUCUGGAGUUUUAAGAAAAAUAUUCCACCGGGUAGUAGGCAUUGUACAAACAAAAUCUGUAGGAGAUUCAGAAGAUGAACUGUUUAAGAAAGCUGAAGAACUCAUACAUUUGAUAACAGGGGAAUUUGCAAAAGCCCAAGUUAGCAUUAUAGAUAAUACUGAGGAAAGAUUGUGUUUACCUCCAGUGAAAGGGGAUGCAGUCAAAACAAUUGCUGAUAUGGUGUACAGCAAAGUUUUGCAAGAAUAUGAAAUGGAAGUAUUGCCCAAUAAAGAUUUUCUAAAUGACACAAAGACAUUGGCUACCAGAAUAACUAAUAUCAUCCUGGCUGAAAUUUUUGAUUUCCAAAUUCAUCCAGAUCUUAUAGCAAGUCUGCCUUUUAAGUCACAUUCCAAACUCAGCACAAAUGUUUUAAUAAAGAGAGUUCAAGAUGAUAUAAGGAAAUCAAGAUUCCAAAGACAAGCUUCAACAAUCUAUACCACUAUGUUAUCACAUAGUCAUUUGGAAAAAAUCAUCACUCAGCUUAUAUCUCAGAUGAGUCCAUUGGACAACAGUGCAGAACAGUCAGAUACUACUAAAUCAGACUUAAGUAACACAGUGAUAAAACUGAUAAGUGAAAUUAUGUCAAUAAUUUCAAAACAUGAAAUAUGUAUUAUUAAAUAUGGGAAUAAAAGACAGAGUAUGAUUUCAGCAGAAGAUACUCAGGCGAUGGUUGAUUCCAUUUAUGCUGAUCUUUCGCAUUCAAAUAUAUAUCAGUCCAUUACAAAAGACAAAAAGAGCAUAAGUGACAUACCUGUUUCAAAAAUAGCAAGUUUUAUAAUAAAAGAAGUCUUUAAUCGUCAUAUUCAAUCAUUUUUAUCUGAAGAUAAAACUCUCCUUUUGGCUGCAGUUGAUCAAACUUAUAAAUCGAAAGCAAUAGAUCCUAAACAAAGAGAAUUAUCUUUUAUUGUGAACUCAUCUGUCUUUUUGGAGGAAGUAAUUUCUGAACUUUUAUGCAAAAUUCUUUAUGCAUUUUCACAUAAUAUGUUGGUUACUGAAAAUCCAGACAGAGUGAAACCUGAACUUACCAGCAUUGUUACAACAUUGGUAAAUUCAAUUGUUCUGGAGUUCACCAAAUCAGAGAUUUCAGUUGCAGAUAACUUUGAUGAAAAUUUACGUUUCUCAGAAAGAUAUAAAGAAAUGGUCCAAAAAAUAGUCAUCUCAGUAUAUGGAAAAAUAUUAGAUCAAUAUAAAUCUCUGAGUCAAAUAUAUAGGGUUAUACAAAGUGACACAAUCUGCUUUGGUAGGAAAAUAUAUUAUUUGCUAUUAGAAGAAAUUUAUGACUAUCAGGUGCAGUCAUUAGUUUCAGGAGAAUUAGCGUUGUCUUCUUAUUCUUACCCCCAAGCUGAUAAAAUAAUCAAAAAUGUGCUUAACAUAAUCACAAAGGAUAACCAUGCCUUGCCAUCGUAUAUGACUGUGUUGCCUCAUUCUCUUUUAGAAGACAUGAUUUAUAGGCUUCUAGUGCAGAACUUCCCUUCAGCUCACACUGAAAAUGAACUAAAAGAGGAAGAGGUUUCACCAGAUGAUGAACUUGUGGAUGCAGCUUCAAAACUGACUGAUGAAAUUAUAAAAGAAAUUUCUGAACAUGAGGUUCGACUUUCCAUGGCAGAGGAUAAUGCAGAAAGUACGCAGUUAGAACCUACUGAAAAUUUGGUCAACUCCAUAUGUAACAAUAUUUUGAAAACUUCUGAAUUCCAAGCUGAAGUACAAAAAGAUGCAGACAAAAAAGGACACUCAUUCCUCAGUAAAAUAGCUGGUUUUAUUAUGAAGGAAAUCAUGUAUCAUCAUUUACAGCCAUUUUUACAUGGUGAAGAAUCAUCUUUCAGUGACUUACCCAAUUAUGACCAUGUCUCUGAACUUGCUAAAUCUGGUAAAGAAAAGACACAGCCUUCUCUAUAUUCAGCUACAUUUUUGGAAGACAUAAUCGUUAACCUGGUUCACAAAUUUUGUUGUCUCCCCAUUAUUACUAAAGACUCCAGGAAAAAAGAAAUGGCAGAGCCAGAUAUUAUGGGGUUAGCUCUAAAAUUUGCAAAUUCUCUGAUAAGGGAAUUUAAGAAAAGUGAAAUAAAAGUUUUACCAAAUGCUGAAAAAUUGUUUUCUUUUCCACCAAUUGAUAAAGAGACUGUUGAUAAAAUAUCCAAUUUUGUAUAUGAUCAGUUCAUAGAAAAAUGCACAUCUAAUGAUACUCAGAAAGGUGAUGAAAGUAACAUUGCUAUAGGGAUGAUUGCUGCUCUAGCCCAGAAGGCAAUGUCUGCAUUCAAGAUUCAACCACUUUUUUCAGGAGACUGGUCUUCCACCCUCUUUUCAUUUCUAAAUCCAGAUAAUAUCACCCAAAGGGUUCAACAUCUACCACAAAACACCUCUACACAAAUAAGCAGAUGCUUAACAGAGAACCAACUCCCUUUACCAGAUCAAGCAUAUAAAGAUACUUCUUCCACCUCAGACUGCAAAAGCACAGUGAGCACUUUGGAAAUAAAUAGAGAUACAGUGAGUAGAAAGAAAAGUUUUAAAACCAAGGACACAUCAGUGAUAAAAGGUGACAUCCAAAAUCCAGUACUUAGCUCUACAAAUGCAAUUAUGAAAAGCAGCAUAAUUAACCUGAUAUCAGAGUCAGCCACAGGUGUGACAAAUAAGAAGAAAGUGGAUGAAAAUAAAGUGGGAAUUUGUACUCAAAAACAUAGUGGGAAUGUAUCAAAAAUCACUUCUUCAACUACUAGUGUGAAAUGUAAAGAUACUCAGGAGCCAAAUUUGAGUGAAACAUUUAAAAAUAAUGAAAUUGAGAAGAAAAGAAAUUUAAUUCCAAAAUAUAAAGAAGGGCAGGAUUAUGAGGUACACACACAUUUUCCAUUAAUAAUUGAUAAUAUAGAAUAUGAGAAGGAAGUACUUGGAUCAGAUUCUGAAAUACGCUAUAAAAAGAAGAUUGAUAAUGCAAAAGAAAGAUCAUUUAAAAAAGAUGGUAAGGUCUUUCAGUUACCUUCUCCAAAGUCCCAGAGAAAUCUAGGGACCACAAUGGAGACUUUGGAAAUAGAAACUCAAGGCAAUGAGGGGAGAAGAGACUCUCCAACCCAAACAGAUAGGGAUGAGGAACACCACUCAGAUUAUGAACAUGUUCAAAGUGUCAUUGAAAAUAUUUAUGAGGAUGUUUUACAACGAUCUUCUUCUCCAGAACCAGCAUAUUAUUCAAAACUCAGUUAUGACAAAAGCCCUCCAGGUGAUAAUGCAUUAAAUGUAAUUCAAGAGGUCAGCAGGGAUUCAGCACAGUCUGCUACAACAAAAAACUUAUCCUUCUCAACUAACAAAAAUGUCCCUGCCAAAGAAAAAGAGAAAGAGAGAGAAAAAGAGGAAGAAAGAGAGGAGAUUAAAAGUGAACCCAGUAAACCAGACGGCCCUCAGUACCAACCAAAAAAUAAACCUGGAAUUUUUCCCGCUAAAUUUUUAGAAGAUGUUAUUACUGAGAUGGUUAAAAAAUUGAUCUUUUCUUCUAUACCAGAAACACAAAUACAAGAUAUAGAUCAAAAUGUCUGUGAUGAGAAAAAUCAAGCUAAACUCUAUGACACUGCUAUGAAGCUCAUUGAUUCACUGUUAAAGGAGUUUUCAGAUGCCCAAAUUAAGGUUUUCAGACCAGACAAGGGGAAUCAGUUUUUCCCACCUGUGGGAAAAGAGCCAACAACAGAUGAAGCACCAUCCAGCAUUAAGAUAAAAUCUGCAGAUAAAAUGCCACCUGUUGAUAAAAUGACUAAAAAACCUUCAGUUAAGAUACCAUCAACUGACAAAACAUUGGUCAAUAAGGUUGUUCACUCUUCUGUUUGUAAUAUUUUAAAUGAAUAUGGAUCUCAAGACUCUAUUUGUAAGAAUAUAAACAGUAAUGGAGAAAAUUUAGCAAGAAGACUAACUAGUGCAGUGAUAAAUGAAAUUUUUCACCAUCAGCUUAACUUGAUAUUUUGUGAUGAGGUUUCAGUUUCAGCAUGUUUGCCUCUGGAAUCUAAGGAUGUUGUUAAAAAGGUCCAAAAGUUGGCCCAAACAGCCAGCAAAGAAUGUCAAACUUCAUCACCAUAUACAAUAAUAUUACCUCACAAAUUUUUAGAGAAUGUGAUUUCUGCUCUUUUAUCUAAAAUUUUCUCAACAAUAUCCAUCACAGAAACAAGAAAACUUGAGGAUAAUUUGUUCACAGAACUGGAUUUCUUUCAAAUUAAGUUAGUAAGUGCAGUUGCAACAGAGAUCUCCCAAAAUAAACAUAUGAUUAUACAGUAUGUAGAAUCCUUACAAUCUGAUGAUCAUGAAAUUACUCAGUUAGUGGUUCAGUCUGUUUAUAACAAUCUCUUGCCACAGUUUGGAUCACAAGAGAUCAUACGAAAUUGUGUCACCAGUGGAUGCAAAAUCCUUUCAGAAACCAUAGUUGACUUGGUUCUACGAGAAGUGGCUGGCAAUCAGUUGCAGAGCUAUUUUUGUGGAGAGCUAACUCCGCGUCAGUGUGUGGAAGUUGAAAACAUUGUUGAAAAUAUCCUUAAAGAUGUUUUCCAAACUACUGAUGUGCCCUUACCUAAACCAUCACAUGCUCAUAAGCUGUCUUAUAACAUAAUAGAAGAAAUUGCUGUGAAAUUCUUAUCAAAGCUUUUAUCUGUAUUUCCAAAAGUGCAUAAAGAAAGAACCAAAUCCUUAGAAACUGAAAUGCUAAAAAUAACUUCAAAAAUAUUAAAUUCAGUCCAAGGAUUUAUCUUCAAAAGUAAGAUUAAACUUGUAGCACCCACCAAGGAAUCACCUACUGUACCUGUAGCUGAUAAUGCAACUAUUGAAAACAUAGUUAAUUCUGUUUUUACCAGUGUUUUAAAGCACUUUGGUUCUUUUACUUCUAUAUUUAAAGAUUUAAUGGGUAAAGGUAGUGUCCUCUCAGAAAUAAUAGGCUUUUUAUUGGUGAAUGUAAUUUCCAAUUCUGAAUUUCAACCUCAAGUAGAGGAAGAAGUAUCAAAUUCAGAAUUAGUUCUGGAAGCUGUCAAAAUUAUGGAAAAAGUGACCAAAAUUAUUGAUGAACUUAAGUCUCAGGAAAAGUAUUCGUCCAGAAAUGGUUUGACAUUAGAUGUCAAACUGUUAGAAGAGGUGUUGGCCUUGUUCUUGGCUAAACUAGUAAGGUUGCCAAGUUCCUCAAGCAAAGGUGAAAAAAACUUAUCAAAGCCCGAGUUAAAUAAAAUUGCAUCUCAACUGACAAAAUCUGUAACAGCUGAAAUUUCCAGAAGUAGCAUUAGUCUAAUAGCUUCUGAUCCUGAAAAAAACUCUUUAAAUCCAGAAAAUAUAGAAAGGGUUUAUCAGGUUGUUAAUUCUGUUUAUAAUAACAUACUACAACAAUCAGGAACCAACAAAGAACUUUAUUAUGAUAUAAAAGAUACAAACACAGUCUUUCCUAAAAAAGUGGCUAGUUUAAUUAUUGAUGGAGUUUCAAGUUUUCCAUUAGAUACAAUUGGCUCAACAAUUUCAAAUGCUGAUCUCUCUGGAGAGCUAGACAUUAACAGAAUUGUUCAAAAGGCACAAGAACAUGCUGUUAAUAUGAUUUCUGAAUCGGAGGAAGAACAGUUAGAGCAAGGUUCAUCUGAAGAGGACUACCCUAUUAAAAUAGUUCCACAUGUUGGGAAAAAACCAGUCAAAAUAGAUCCAAAAAUUAUUUCUGAACACUUAGCAGUUAUUUCUAUAAAAACUCAACCUCUUGAGAAACUUAAACAGGAAUGUUUGAAAACAACUGGAUGUAGCAUAGCAGAACUGAGAAGAGCAUCAAUAAAUGGUAGAAAUUACUACUCUGAAUCACCUAAUUUAGAAAACAGAAAGAGAGAAAGACGUACCUCAUUGAAUAAGACUGGAAGACUGGAUGUAAAACCCUUAGAGGCUGUUGGCAGAAAUUCAUUUCAAAAUAUAAGAAAGCCUGAUAUUACAAGGGUGGAGCUCCUAAAAGAUGUGCAAAACAAAAAUGAUCUUAUUGUUCGAUUAGUGGCUCAUGAUAUUGAUCAAGUGCAUUUGGAAAAUUACAUAAAAGAGGAACUCGAUUCUGAUGACGAUGAAGUUGUUUUAAGAGAGACUGUGGCAGAAGAAGGCGUCAAAGUAUUUAAAGAUCAAGUAAAAGAAGUCGAGAAGCUAGAAGAAAACAAAGCUUCUCCUAAGUCAACACUAAGUGCUAGCAGCCUGAAAAAGCUUUUGUCACUAAGUAAAUGUUGUCAAACCACAGCCAGUGCAAAUAUUGAAAGUACUGAAGCAACCUCAAAUCAGGUAACAGAAUCUAAGAAGACACAUGUUAAAAGAGCUGUUGCUGAGCUUGACAUGGCCUUAAAAAAAGCCAUUCCUGAAACAGCCUCUUCAUCUUGGGAAGAAAAGCCACUAUGUCAGAAAGAAGAGAAGAAUCUUCUUACUGAACCACCGCAUUACUUCAUACACAGAAUUAUGAGUUCAUCUUCAUACAACCAAGAAGAUCUCAUUUCAUCUACUGGUGAGGCUGAAGAUUGUCAUUCAGAUCCAAGUACUAAAAUAUUAGAAGAAAGUUCUCAGGAACAAAAGUCAAAGAAUAGAAGCAGUGUUGAGUUUAUCACCAUCUUUGAAAGAUCCAAGGAUGUUGACAAUGCAAAUUCUUCAAACAUUUCAGAAACUUCCAAGCCCGAUGUCUCCAAACAAGGAUCUAAAAUGCUGGCAAAAAUGUCUUCAGCUUUGUCAAAGGUGUUUUCUCGAUAUAAUACUAAUAUUUCCAGAUCUUCUUCACCAGCUCACCAUGAUGAGCACUAAAGCUUUUGUACCUGACAUAAGUAUGCUUACUUCUCUUAGAAAAUAAAAAUGAUUUUUAAAGCAUA